AAAGUUUGUUAUUUUCGUGCCAAACGAAUCCAGUUUUUAAAGCAUUUUUUUUUUAUAUUGGUUCAUAAUGUAGGAUGUUUGUUAUCAGUGAAGUUUGUCUACCUGAAGUGACUGACAAAGUUUAACCUGUACAAUAAUUAGGAAGAUGGUGGAUUACUCAGUACAUGGACAGGUUGCUGUCUUAGAAGUGAACAACCCACCAGUCAAUGCAUUCAGUCAUAAUGUGAGAGUGGGAUUAGAUAGAUCUAUUGAUAAAGCUAUUCAAGACACAAAUGUAAAGGCUAUUGUAAUCUGUGGAAAAGGAAGAACCUUCCCAGCAGGAGCAGAUAUUCGUGAAUUUGAUCAACCUCAUAAAGAACCCUGGUUGACACUUGUUUUUGAAAAGUUAGAGAAAACAAGGAAACCUGUUGUUGCUGCUAUACAUGGGACAUGUUUGGGAGGAGGUUUAGAGUGUGCUUUGUUCUGCCAUUAUCGGAUUGCACAGAAAACUGCACGGGUAGGCUUCCCUGAGGUUCAGAUAGGUGUACUACCAGGUGCUGCAGGAACUCAGAGACUACCAAGGUUAACAGGUCUACGUGUUGCCAUGGAUAUGAUUACAUCUGGUCGACAUAUAUUUGCCCCAGAAGCUCUUAAGUAUGGUAUCAUUGAUGAGAUGUUUACUGGAGAUGUUAUAAAUGCUGGAAUAAAGUUUGCCAAGUCUGUGAUGAACAAACCUUUAGAGGACAGAUGCCUGAUGAACAAAAUUGUAAAGGAUGCUGACCAGGCAGAUCAAAUUGCUGAUGAAUUUAUGUCAUUGGUGAAGAGGAAAUACAAAGGAUUUGAAGCUCCCAUAGAUUGUGUAAAGGCAGUAAAGGCAUCAGCUACAUUACCAUACAGAGAGGGGCUAAAGACAGAAAGUAUGCUCAUGCAAAAACUCCUGCUAUCUGGACAGUCUGCUGCACAGAGAUAUGCUUUUUUCUCUGAAAGGGCUGUUUCAAGGUGGAAGAUGCCUGGAGGAAAUUCUCAGACAGCCAAACCACUACCUAUCAAAUCUACAGCAGUAAUAGGUGCAGGUACCAUGGGGACUGGUAUAGCUGUCUGUUUAUUGAAUGCAGGGUACCAGGUUUACUUAUUGGAACAAAAUCAAAAGUUUUUAGAAAAUGGUGUGAAGACAAUUCGAGGAAUAAUUGAAGGAAGUGUAAGAUUAGGGAAAACACCAAUGGCUGUAGCUCAGAAGGCAGCAACUUUACUGAAAGCUACAAUGAAAUACGAAGAUUUAGCAGAUGUUGAUUUGGUUAUUGAAGCUGUAUAUGAAAAUUUGAGUUUGAAAAGAGAAAUAUUUAAUAAGUUAGACAAGCUGUGCAAACCUACAACUCUGUUAUGCAGUAAUACAUCUAGUCUGGACAUAGAUAGGAUUGGAACUGCUACCAAACGAGGAGACAAAGUAGCAGGAAUGCAUUUCUUUGCCCCUGCUUAUUACAUGAGAUUAUUAGAGAAUAUAUAUAGUACUCAGACUUCACCUACUACUGCAGCUACUAUCAUGGAUGUUGGAAGGAAAAUUGGUAAAGUCUCGGUACUGGUCAAAUCUUGUCAAGGAUUCCUAGCCAAUAGGAUGAGAGGUCCCUUUGCUGUUGAGGCUUAUUUUCUGCUUGAAGAAGGUUCUACACCACAGGAAGUAGAUAGUGUUAUGGAAAAUUUAGGAAUGCCAAUGGGACCAUUUAAAACUGGGGAUCUCUCAGGACUUGAUAUUGGUUACAAGAUACAGACAGAGUUGGCAAAAUCAAAAGGUGUAGAAUUAACUGUGGAUUCUAAGUUUCUGAUGGGCGAGAGAAUUUCCACAUUGGCAAGGACAAUGUAUGAUAAAGGAAGGCUUGGAAGAAAAACAGGAAAAGGAUGGUAUAGGUAUGAGAAACCAGGAGGAAAGUUAGCUACCCCUGAUGAGGAAGUAAGGGAACUUAUAAAAGAUCACUGUAAGAAAGCUGGAAUACAAAGGCGAAAUAUAUCAACUCAGGAAAUUUUAGAAAGAUUAAUGUACUCCUGUAUCAAUGAAGGAUUUAAGAUAUUAGAAGAAGGUGUAGCUGCCACUCCUGAGGACAUUGAUAUUUCCUGGAUAUAUGGAUUUUCCUGGCCGAAGUAUUUAGGUGGACCAAUGUAUUAUGCCAACAGAAUAGGAUUAGACAAAAUUUACCAAAGAAUUUGUUAUUAUCAUGAAAAUUUUCCUUACAGUAGUCAUUGGAUACCAAGUAGAUUGUUACUAAAACUAAGUGAGAACAAGGUACCUAUGAGUCAGUGGUGUUCAGGAACGGACAGCAAAUUGUAAAAUAAUCAUCGAGAAACACUUGGCAAUAAACAGAAAUCUGACUUUAAACUGUUUGAUAUAUAAACAAAUAUUUAUUACUACAACACAAACAAAUAGUUAUUACUACAGCAUUCCAUAGAGUUACUUUAAGCCUAAUUGCAAAAAAGUUAUUUGUUUGUGCCACAACAAAUAAUAUAUCGAAAUCAGCAUUGUGUUCGUACUAAUUAGAUAAGUUAGAGAUAGUUGAUGUUUAUCAUAUACUGUUAAAUUAGGUAGGUAUUUCCAUACUAUGAAUGAUUGCAUUGUUACAUUUACAAGGAUAUGUUUUAUUUCAUUUUUUCAGUCAAAAUAAAAAUCAAUCAAUGAUACUCAAAAGUAUAUGAAAAGAAGACAUUCAUGCUCUGCCACUUCAAAAAAAAAUUAAAACUGUUUUUUUUUCUUUUCUUGAAGAACUUCUCAUUUUAAUUUCCUUUUGGAAGCAGUAUCUGUGUAACUAAUGUAAUAAUUACCCAGUUAUUAUUGGGAUACCAAUGUUAUUAAAACUGGAUCUGUCAUUUCUGUAAUUACUCUUACAGACCAAAUGACAAGGAAAAAUUGCAUAGGAUCAGCUUUAUACUGUCAUAUGACAUGUUUGUAUAUAAUUUAUGUCGUCCAUGUAAUAAAAAGGAGAAUGUUUUUUUAUUUAAAUAUUGUCAAAUUUGCCAUUUUUGAGACAUUUGAUUUUCAAGAUUUGGUAUAGGCAUUUGAAAAGAGCCAAACCAUUUCCCUAUAAAAUAGACAGUGGAAUUAUAAUAACAAUCGUAUAAGUUUAAAAGAAAACAAUAUUUUAGAUUACAGAUUGAUUAUUUCUUUCUACACAGAACUAAUUAUAUUUUUAUAACUGUGAUGCAAUAAUAUUCUUGUUGAUGUUUUUGAUGUAUGCUGUUUUUUAUUGAUUUAUAGAAAAUAUAAAACUAAAUUUUUUUAA